GACGGGGUCAAGAUCAUGAAGAGCUGCUCUGGCAUGGAGCACUUGCAAGCGAUCGUCGAUGACGGCGACGUGGCGUGCGACCAGUGCUUGAAGUUUGUCUUCGAGGAGAUGCCUGGCGUGAUGUUCAAGGCUGCUGUGGAAACCAUGACCAGCGGCCAGAUGGACGACUUGUUCGACAACGGCACGGUGUGCGCGUUGGCGGCCAGCGACGUCAUCAAGGAGUUCGGCAAGUCUCCGAAGACAUUGCAGCUAAAGGGUAUACAGGUUGCUCAGAGGCCGAAGGUUGUGAUUGUUUAUCAUUCCAUGCCAACGCCAGAGUGGAAGCUCAAGUAUCCAACGUUGAAGAUAUACCAUCAGAGCAGCAUGGGUUCCCAGCUCAACCAUUGCAAGGAUGGUGCCAAGCAGUUGUUUGAUGGGCAGGCGGAGUUACUGCUUGGGGCGGCUGGCAACACUGAGAGCUCGGCGUGCCCAUCUGAUGACGGCGGCGCGUUCACUCCCAACUUCGGCUUCCAAUCCAGCAUCCCAGCUUUCGCUUCAGUGAAAGGCCGACGCGACUCUUUGAACGAGAAGGCGGCGAAGCGCUACGGCAGGACCUCUUCUGGGUCGAUCGAUGGCGAUAAAGACGGUGGAGCCAGCGAGGAUUCACAUGACCAUGAUGGCGGUGACGGCGGCGACAGGCGUGGCCGAGGGGGCGCAGUUGGUUCGGGCGAUGCCGUCGAGGUGAUCGACGACGACCCCGGGCGCACUGGCCCGCCGCCGAAGUCUGCCGCGGGGGCGCUGACCGACAAGGGCGGCAAGACUCCGAACAAACGGCCGCCUUCUGCGUCUCCGACGCCGUCUCUCGCCCAGCGAUCCACCAAGACCUCGAAGCCGCCAGGAGCGGACGAUGACAUGAUCAACCCUCGCAGCUGCGGCACGGUCGACUACUGGGCAUUCGAGUUGAGGUUCGAUCGGGCAUUCAACGAUUUCAGGAAUGGGCGAGCUGAGAACCAGGCAAAUAUUUUGCAUAACAAGGUCACGGGCAUCGAGCGCAAGCACUUGGGAUUCCACAUGGAGCUGCGCAGCAAGGCAAAGAAGUUCAGCCCAUCAAUGUGCACAUCGGAGACAGAUGAGGACCUCAGGCACAUCGGGUCCCUCUGGAAGACCAUCUCGGACCCAUGCAGUUCCCAAGAGAAGAACAAGCUCUACUUGGAUAAGUUCUUCUCUGCGACCGCGCCGUGGGCGAACCUUGCGGACCCGCCAAACGCCAACAUUGACCCCUGCAACGUGACGCUGACCAAGGCUGCCGAGGACGAUUUCGAGGUGGCCGAGUUGUUCAUGGAGUGGGUGUUCAUCCGCAGCUUCAGCGAGCGGCUCGGUUCAGGCGCCGCCGGCGCGGAGAACGUGGAGCUCUUCGUCGAGCAGGGCUUGGCGCACUGGGACCUCCUCCCAGAGGGCGCCAUCUUGAAUGAGGCGGCUGCGGCGGCGCGCGCCACUGGCAACCAGAGCGUCAUCAGGAUCGCGGGCCAGGCGAUGUUGACGAGUUGCGGCGACUUCUGGCAGAAGAAGAUCGACUGGGCCACCACCCACGCCAAGGCCAUCCAGGAGCACGGGGGGAAGUUGCAGGAUGCCCGCGCGAAGUUGCUCGACAUGUCAGUGGCCGCGCCGCCUACCAGGGCGAGCGGUGGGCUGAUGCUGACGAUUGCGAAGGAGAUCCCCUACUGGGACGCGAGGAUCUACGACGGCGUGUCCGACGACCUCAGGAACACGUUGCUCGAGAAGGCGGUGAAGUCUUGCUCCAUGCUGACGGAUGUUGGAGGGGCGGCGUCCACGGCGGCCCCCGGCCAGGAGUUGCAGGAGAAGCCAGCUGCCACCCUGCGCGUCUUCAAGGAGUUGUUCAAGGAGAUGUCAAGCGUAUUCCCAGCCGAUGAGAAUGUCGAGAAGGCUGCGCAGCAAAUCCACGACAAACUAUUGGACCUGGACCUGGCAUCCGAGCACGACGUCGUCAUGACGGCACUCAGGGAGUGGGGUCCUGAAAUUGAGCUGUCGCGUCGCCUUCGCGAUGCUCUUCACGAUUGCCGUGCCAAGGAGCUGUCUGAUGAUGUUCGCGAGCCUUGCUACAAGUUUUUCCAGUCCGUCGUCAGAGGCGCUAUCGAGGACACCAGGUUCGGCUUCAUGCAGCAGACCGAUGGGGCAUUCUACGACACCUUGGAGACGCUGGCACCCCACGUGCCGCGCAGCCUCUCCGAGACGCGCUACAAGGUGGCGUGCAUGAUGAACGCGUCUGGGAGGGCCAUGGUCGCGUCCAAGGCCUUGUCUGAAGCGAUGGAGCCGCCAGCGGAGACCUCGCCAGUCGAUGCGAACACCUUGGAGCGCUUGGCAAAGGAGCUGGUGAGAGCUCUUCAGAAGCAGAAGCAGCACAUGAAGGCAGCGCUACUGGACGAGAUCAAGCCGAAUGCGAGUGCAGCGAUCGCCGAUAAGAUUGAGUGCGCCAAGGACUUGACCAUUCAAGUCUGGGCGUCCAUCGUGGAGAAAACCACGGGGGCCCUACACGACAAGCUGCGCAACCUAACAGAUACGAUGAAGGCGACGGCUGGGCUAGCGGAGUUCGAUGGGAAGGCUCGCGCCGCCGCCAGCUUGGAUGAUCUACUGAACGUCUACACGGCCAGCGGUUUGAAUCAGACGGCGUUCGGCCUAG